AUUACAGUAUCAUAGGUUUCAUCUUUUUCACAAGUUGUGUAACAUUUUUGGUGUUUUUAUAUACAACAAAAGAGAGAUAUGGAGUUUGUGUCUAUGUUUUGCUUGUUUGCUUUCAUUUCUUGCUCAAUUCUACUUCUUCAUUCUGUGUUUAAGCUCUUUGAUUUUGGUGUUAAGAAGUUACCUCUUCCUCCUGGUGCUUUGGGUUGGCCUUAUAUUGGUGAAACUUUUCAGCUUUACUCACAAAACCCCAGUUUCUUCUUUGCUUCUAAAGUCAAGAAGUAUGGUUCAAUUUUCAAGACUCAUAUAUUGGGAUGUCCAUGUGUGAUGAUAUCAAGCCCAGAAGCAGCAAAACUAGUUUUGGUGACAAAAGCUCAUCUUUUUAAACCUACAUUUCCUGCUAGUAAAGAGAGGAUGUUGGGUAAACAAGCCAUUUUUUUUCAUCAAGGAGAAUAUCAUGCUAAGCUAAGGAAGCUAGUUCUUCGAGCUUUCAAGCCAGAAGCCAUCAAAAACAUCGUACCAGACAUCGAGUCCAUCGCGAUAAACUCACUUGAAUCUAUGCAAGGAAGAUUAAUCAACACUUACCAAGAAAUGAAAACAUACACAUACAACGUUGCAUUGCUUUCGAUAUUUGGCAAAGAUGAAAUGCUGUAUAGGGAGGAUCUAAAGAGGUGUUAUUACGUGCUCGAAACGGGGUACAAUUCGAUGCCAAUCAAUCUCCCAGGAACACUUUUUCACAAAUCAAUGAAAGCACGAAAAGAGCUAGCAAAGAUCUUAGCUAAAAUCAUCUCAGUUAGGAGAGAAACAAAUCAAAAUCAUACAGAUUUAUUAGGAUCUUUUAUGGGAGAUCAAGAAAAUCUUACAGAUGAACAAAUUGCAGAUAACAUAAUUGGUGUCAUAUUUGCUGCUAGAGACACUACAGCUAGUGUCCUUACAUGGAUCCUUAAAUACCUUGGUGAAAAUCCUAGUGUCCUACAAGCUGUCACAGAAGAGCAAGAGGGGAUAAUCAGAGAAGGGAAAGUGUUGAGUUGGGCAGACACAAAGAAAAUGCCUAUGACUACAAGAGUGAUCCAAGAGACACUUAGAGCUGCUUCAAUUUUAUCUUUUACAUUCAGAGAAGCUGUUGAGGAUGUUGAGUUUGAAGGAUAUCUAAUACCAAAAGGAUGGAAAGUAUUACCACUGUUUAGAAACAUUCACCAUAGCCCUGAUAAUUUUUCUGAACCAGAGAAGUUUGAUCCUUCAAGAUUUGAGGUUACUCCAAAACCCAAUACUUUCAUGCCAUUUGGCAAUGGGACCCACUCAUGUCCAGGCAAUGAGUUAGCCAAGCUGGAAAUUUUGAUCCUUGUACAUCAUCUUACCACAAAGUACAGGUGGUCUAUGAUGGGCCCACAAAAUGGAAUUCAGUAUGGACCCUUUGCUCUUCCCCAAAAUGGCCUGCCCAUUAUUCUCUCCCACAAGACAUCAUCAUAAAAUAAAUUAAAUUAAAAUAAAAUAAAAACAUUGAAUUGUGAGAAAAUCUCUUCAAUUCCAUCAACUAAAGAUUUUCCCUCACAACUUGGAGGAAAAUAUAUGAAACAAAAUUUCCUUCUUCAUGAGGAAAGCUAAGAAGGGUCCAGAAACAUAUUAUAGUUUUGAAUCGUGUGUCACUGACCUUCAGAGAUAUUUCGAUUACUAAAGGAAAAGGAGAAAUUCAAUCACAGAGAAAAGAAAAUUUUGUAUAUAUAUAUAUAAUAUUAAUUUAUCUAACUUAAGAAAAGAAAGGAGUUAAUGUAAACAUAGGGAUUUGUUUUUGUUUUUGUUUUUUUUUUCUAUUUUUUCUUGCUAUGUUUUUUUUUCCUUUUAAUUUUUUAGAAUUUAUUUGUGGUAUGUAAAAAGUCCGCAAGGCAAUUAAUGAAAAGUCUGAUUUUCAUUUUUCUUGCAA